AUGGCUAUGAUAUCUCUCAAGGCUAGAUGGUUCAUGAUUAGAACUGGCAGGAAGUUCAUUGGGAAGAAGGUAGCAAGUGAUGAAACCAAAGCUGCCAAAGAACAGAAUGUUGCGGAAAAGGUCAAGCCUAAGGCUGAUGAUGUACAUGUGCAAUCUGAUGAAGAAGAGAAGGCCAAAGCUGACUUUGUUGCAUAUAUGGCUGAUUUGAGUAAAGCUACUGGUGAAAAAAAAGAGUCUCAAUACAUAAAGAAAAUAAAAUCAUGCGAAGCUGAAGUUCAAACUUUAACUGAAAAAUUAAAUAAAGAGCUUCAAGUGAUAGAUUUAGCACAUGAGACAAUGAGAGAUAAAACAAAGGAGCUAUCUGACAAGUGCAAAGAAUUGUCUGAUUCACAAGUUAAGAUUGUUGAGCUUCAAAGAAAAAUAGACCAAUUUAGAAACACAUCUUUUGUAAUGAAUCACAUGAUGGGAAACUUAAAAAAGAGUAUUGAUCGAACAAUGAUGGGAUUUAAUGAAGUUCCUCCUGUUCAUCAGGACUAUACAUUUUUACCACAUGAAGAUGAUUUAACAAAUUUUGUGUAUGGUGUAGUUGUGGUUGAGCCGAUGACCGUCGAAGUACUUGAUAGUUCCGCAUCUGAGAAUGAUGGUGAAUCUGAGUAUGAAGUGGCUGAUGUUAAGAAUGAAAUCAAACAAAACACUGUUUUUGAUGAACUGCUAAGGAGACUGAUCAACUUGUGCUAUGUUGACAGUGGUUGCUCCAGGCACAUGACGGGGGAUAAGAGGUUGCUUACAUAUUUUGAAGAAACUAAUGGAGCGUAUGUGAACUUCGCAGGAGCAAAAGGUGGAAAGAUAACAGUUCAAGGAAAAGUGACCAAUAGGAAGAUAAUGUUGGACAAAGUCAACUAUGUCGAGUUGUUCAAACACAAUUUGAUGAGCGUGUCGCAAGUCUGUGACAAUGGUUACUCUGUCCACUUUACCAAGUUUGAAGCAUAG